AAGAUUUUCCAGCUUCACCAAAAGCAACGCAGAAAAAUUUAACAGGAAAUUCGAGGAUUGUCAAGGACUUGGCCGCUGAUAUCCAUGGAGAUAUCCAAAAAUGGAACGGCAUUCAUUUGCAUGGAUUGUCAAUAAUAAAGUCAAUAACAGCAAUGAAAACUGAUGAUUCAUUUUCAGAAGGUCUUCAGGAUCUUUGUGACCAGUUGGAAGAGGACGUUGAUCAAUUGGAUUCAAUAGUCGAAAAAUUGAAUCGCGCUGUAAGCCAAAUAAAAACAGUAACCUUAUUACAAACAAACCAGGAUAAAUUGUUCGUAACUUGGAGAGCCGAACAUUUUGUGAAAGCGGUAGAGCAGAUUCAUGAAGCUUACAGAGAGGAAGCAAAAUUGAAGAGGAAAAUUCUGAAAAACGUUGCGCAUGGUUCCAGUGAUUCCUGGAAGAUGCUUCACCUGGCAGCCUGGGUACAUCAACCAAUGAUUCCUCAUAAUUUACAUGUAACUCUGGAGUCUUUGCUCGUUGAAACAGGCCAUAGGUAA